AUGGCCGCAGCUCUCAACUUCAUCUCCAAGGCGGCAGUGCCGGCCUUCUUGGGUGCCAGCCUCCUCUCAACCGCCAUCUACGAUGUCCGUGGCGGUUCCAGGGCAGUCAUCUUCGACAGAGUGCAGGGUGUGAAGGAUGAGGUCAUCAACGAGGGCACUCACUUCCUCAUCCCCUGGCUGCAGAAGAGCAUCGUUUUCGACGUGCGCACCAAGCCCAGGAGCAUCGCCACCAUGACGGGCAGCAAGGACUUGCAGAUGGUCAGCCUGACGUUGAGGGUGUUGCACAGGCCAGAAGUAAAGGCGUUGCCCAAGAUCUACCAAAAUCUCGGCGCCGACUAUGAUGAGCGUGUCCUCCCCUCCAUCGGCAACGAAGUCCUGAAGUCCAUCGUCGCCCAAUUUGACGCCGCCGAGCUCAUCACCCAGCGCGAGGCCGUCUCCCAGCGCAUCCGCUCCGACCUCACCCGCCGCGCCGCCGAAUUCAACAUUGCUCUCGAAGACGUAUCCAUCACCCACAUGACCUUCGGCAAGGAGUUCACCAAGGCCGUCGAGCAGAAGCAGAUCGCCCAGCAGGAUGCCGAGCGUGCGCGUUUCAUCGUCGAGAAGGCAGAGCAGGAGCGCCAGGCCAACGUCAUCCGUGCCGAAGGCGAGGCCGAGAGUGCCGACGCCAUCGCCAAGGCCAUUUCCAAGUCUGGCGACGGCCUCAUCCAGAUCCGUAAGAUUGAGGCGAGCAGGGAGAUCGCGUCCACACUGUCUUCCAACCCCAACGUCGUGUACCUGCCUGGUGGUGGCAAGUCUGGCGGCAGCCAGAUGCUUCUGAACGUUGGCCGGUAA